GUCACCUGCAUGGUCACCUGUCACCUGUAAUCUAGCUGUCAGCUUCUUGACACAUUUGACAAAACAAGAACUCUACAAUUCUACAUCUGAAACAGUAACUCAAUGAAUGCUACAUGUAAACAAUCGGUAUGAGCGGUUGCAUCGGGUUGUGAAAGUCUACUAUGACUUUCGAAUUGUUCCAAUGAAUUACUUAAGCUUCGUACAUAUCCUACUGUAAUCAAAAAUGUUGGCAUUGGGGUAUGUUCCAUCUGUGCUAGGAUUGGAGGCGUGCUGGCACCCUACAUUAUUUACUUGUCCAGUAUUUGGACGCUACUGCCAGUUAUCAUUUCGGGAUUUGCCACCUUAAUUUCUGGGCCAACAGUGAUGCUUCUUCUGGAAACAUUGAACAAGGAAUUACCUAGAACAAUCCAGGAUGCUGAAAAUCAAUUUAAUAAGUGAUGUACUUAUAUUUUGACCUUAAAUGAUUCUUAAACGUCUUCAAAAACGUGCAGACUCUAUAAUGUGUUGAAGUGAGUUAGUUCCUUAGUAUCUCAUCCUCUCCACCCCACAUAGUUGACAUACUUCAAGUUGAUAUUACUACAUAUGAUGCAGAAACAAUGCUCAAUUAAGGUCAUUUGAAAUUUUUAAUAUAACUAAUAUAAGAGGGUAUCAAUAAAUUCCAAUCUGCUACAAUACGUGAAUAAUGCCUAUAACGUCAAAAUUGACAUCUCUUAUCUUCUAACAGUAUCACAAAUCGUCUAUCUACUAAGCUAUCACAUGGUAGCAAUAUCUCAUCAAAUAAACCUGCUAUAGUUGAUUUAACAAUGUUUCACUGAUAAAGAGAUUAGAAUAAUAAUAUUUGCAGAACAAUUUAAGGACAGAAUUCUUAGCAAAGAAAUCUGAUACCAUUCGUAAUUCAAGCUAAAUUCAACUACCCAAGCUCAAGUUCUUGCCAUUUGCGAUACUUUUGUGAGUGAAUAGAGAAUCUACAUAGAUAUAAAAGCACUUUUGAGUCCUGAAAAGCAGUUUUCGUUUGGUUUUGAGCCACAUUUACAGAAACGCCAGUCAAAAUAGAGGAAUGCUUCAAGCAUGCAGGUACUAGGAUGUGGAGAUGAGGAAAACUGAUUUUUCUAUGCAAACUGUUCUCACUUUCAGAGGAUCUCUCGUGAAAAAGUGUGAUAGAAUUCAUAAACUUAACAAAAGGAGUUAUAGGAUAGAAAAAUUCCAGAACAAGUAUGACAUUUGAUGAUGUGGUUGUACUCACAGGACAGUUUGGGCGAUAUCAAUGGAGAAUAUAUUUCCUCCUAUGUCUGCCCGUAAUAUCCGUAGCUUUUCAUUCAAUGAGUGGCGUUUUCCUUGGAGCCGAACCAGAUUUUAGAUGUUUGUUAUCAGAUGAAAGUUCACAAAAUGCAACAUUUCAACUACCACCAGAUUUCAUGGAUACAGUGUAUCCGUGGGAUAGUCAAACCGGAAGUUGGUCACAAUGUGAAAAGUAUGUUAAUUUUACCGACGCUGAAACAAUGAAUUCAACAUCAACUGUAAAAUGUUCAUCAUUCGUCUAUGAUAAAUCCAUCUAUGAACUUACAACUACAACUGAGUUCAAUCUGGUUUGUAACAAAUCAUGGAUGAGGGCUACGGUGGAUUCUUUGUUGAUGGUGGGGAUUAUGUUAGGAGCACUGAUCUUUGGUGGACUGUCAGAUAAAUUUGGACGAAAAACAGCGUUUCUUUCAGCAAUAGUUAUCAAUGUGAUCUCUGGCUUUCUCCUAGCAGCUACUCCUGAAGUUGUGUCAUACAUGAUCGUCAGGUUGAUUUUAGGAACAUCUGUUAAUGCAAUAUUCCUCAUAGCAUACAUUAUGGCUGUCGAAAUGGUUGGCCCAAGUCACAGAAAUACGAUUGGAGUGAUUGUACAAUUAUUUUCCUCAACAGGUGUUAUUCUGACCUCUGUAAUUGCAUAUUUUAUUAGACAUUGGAGAUAUCUCCAAAUUGCAGUUACUGCACCGUCUGUUGCAUUUCUCACUUAUUGGUGGUUGAUCCCUGAAUCUGCCCGAUGGUUGUUGAGUAUGGGUUACGUGAAGGAAGCAAAAACUUUGCUUUUGGAGGCAUCUUCAAAAAAUGGGAUUACAUUGUCUAAAGAACAAUUAGACAAUAUGUUAUCUGAUACCAUUGCCAGUAAUUCUGCCCAAAAUCUCGAAAAACACUCUGUGCUUGAUCUCAUGAGAUACCCAAACUUGAGACGAAGGUCUUUGCUUCUCUUUGUCAAUUGGUAUGUAAACAAUAUGACGUACUACGGUCUAUCUUGGAACACUUCAAAUCUCGCGGAUUGGUGGGGAAGAAAACCUAUUUUAUGUGGGUGCAUGCUGUUGGCUGGAAUUUCAUUACUCCUUUCAACAUUGGUACCUGACGAUAUGCAGUGGUUGGUAAUACUUUUAACAAUGUUGGGCAAACUAUCGAUCACAGCCUCUUAUGAAACAAUGUAUAUCAUAUCAGCUGAACAGUACCCUACAGUGAUCAGAAAUGUUGGGGUCGGAGCAUGUUCUACCUGUGCUAGAAUAGGUGGUGCAACAGCACCAUAUAUUCUCUACACAGCAAAUAUCUGGAAAUCCUUACCAGUAGUGAUUUUUGGAUCCUUGGCUUUUAUUUUUGGACUGUCAACAAUCCUUCUCCCAGAGACAUUGAAUAAAAAAUUACCUGAAACUAUACAGGAAGGUGAAGAAUUUGGAAAGUAAGAGUGGCAGAUGUGAAAAGAAUUCACCUAAUGUUCAGUCAAUGCCAGAAUUAGAGGAAAAGAGAAUUAUAACGUUUCUUCAGUCAACGAUUAUAAUAAUAGCAAGUGUUUCAUACAUUUCUUCUCAAGCCCUCCAUAAUGUAUUCAUCCAAUGAUAUCUCAAUCCAACUAAUUUUGUACGACCAUACGACUUUGUACGUAGGUACACACGUUCAAGACGUGAGGACAUUCAUGAGCACAGAUCAAGUUCAAUUUAUUUCCGUUCUAUUUUUACGAGGCUCCACUAUACUGGUCUUCCCUAUAUUCAAAACCGAAUAUGCUCGCAGUUGUCAUAACAUUUUAGCGUUAAAACUUGUGGCUGUGUAAAUUACCUUGACUCACAAUUAGCCAAAAAUUAUGUAUACUUAACUGUGAACAUCUCUUAAUAAAGUAAUUCAUAUCUGCAUAA